CUGAAUGAACUGCGGGUGUUACUCCUGGAGUCUCAUCGCCACUCGCGGGACAUGGAGAAAGAUAUGACCCGGGAAGUGCACAAGGCCGAGUGGAAGGUGAAGGAGCAGAAACUUCAGGAGGACAUCAAGACCCUGCGUGAGAAACUGCUUCUGCUGGGUCGGGAGCGGUCCUCCCCGGACCACCGGCGGCACUCCAUGCUGGACCCCUCGAUGCUGGACUCGGAGAUGAGCCGGCUCCGGCAGCGGCUGCUCGGCACAGAGGACGCCCUGCGGGGAGCCAUGGAGCACAACCAGCAGGUGGACCAGCUGGUGCUGGCCAUGCGCAGACACCCCGAGAAAAGCCCGGUGCAUGGUGUAAACUCAGCCAAUGGGAUUCAUCAUCAGGAGUCCGGCAGUACUCGAGAUGAGCAACACUGAUAUGAGCAGAAGAGAUCAGAUUGAACUGGGACAUCUUAAAGAAAAAGCUGGUCCGACGUUUCCUCCUGACAUUACAUUACAUUACAUAUUACUUGUUAGACUCUUUUAUCCAAAGCGACUCACAUACUCAAUACUG